UUUAUCGCCAUUUUGUAUUGUGUUGGCAGUUGUAUCUACUGAUUUCUGCUGGUUGACAGCAAGUGACAGUCGUUCCUGUUUUCUGUGGGGGAGAUAACCUCAGGGAUAUAUUUGACACAUCUCCUUAGUUAACACCAACUUGAAGAUUUCCGAGCAACCGGAUAUUUAUGAUUUCUUGGUACUCUGAUCAUGUCCAGUGUUGACAAGGAGAAUGAAGACGUAACAGAAAACCCACACCCUGAAGAUGAAGCAGAAUCUGACCUGAACCUUCCUGAGGGAGCUGAAGGUCAGUAUGGCAUUGAGGAUGGAGCAGAAGGUCAGGGCAGGAAUGAGGCAGAGAGUGAGGACAGCAUAGAGGAAGGUACUGAGGCAGAGCUGGAGGCAGAGGAUGAAGCGUUGGCCCACCAGGCUGUGGCCAGACCAGUGGAAUCGGCCAGCAGUCAGGAUGAAAGGAGCAACACUGAAGCAGGGGAGGAGGCAGAUUCUGACUCUGAAACAGAAGACUUUGUUAUGCAAACUGCUGAAGGAGCAUCCCUUGUAGAGGGACAGGAAAGCAGGAACUAUGAAGGAGGGGGAGAUAAUCCAGAGCAGGAUAUGCAUUCGGGCAAUUCCACAGGGGCAGAGGGUAAUGUGGAUAUUCCUACACAACAUGAACAAUCAUGUGAUUUGGCAGAGGCAGAUGUUGGUGUGAUAAAUGUAAAGGGUAAUCUGGGAGACAGAGACAUGGAGACAGAAUCUGACAGGCAUCUUGUUGACAGUGAUGUGUCCUGUAGGACUAAGGAAGAUAAUUUGGGUGAGAAAAAAAUCUCUAUGGUAGAGUCUGGUGAGGAUUUGGUUGAGGCGGAUACGAAAAUGGUUAGUGAGUCUGUUGAAGCUGAUUCUGACAUGACCUGUGGAAAUGAGAACAUUACUGACCAGGACUUGCCAGAGAGUAGUGCUAGUGCACUUAACUCUGAACGGCCAAGACUGUCAGAGGAGGCGUGUAGGAAAAUGGACGAUGAAGAGGAAUCGGUCAGUGUAAAGGAAGAUGUGACUGAGGAUGCCAGUAAUAUUCUUCUGGAGGAUGAGUUGGGUAGUGUUCAUGACAAACAAGUACUUCACAUCAAAAAGACACUUCAUCGUGGUGAAAGUGGAGAGUCUUGGGAGCCAGAAUGUGAUCAAGACUCUGAUGAAAUGCGAGGUCCUAUAGAAUCACCUGAUUCUAAUAGUCAGUCAAAUGUUUGUGAGAGUCAAAGUCCAAUAAAUCAUUUAAAUCAGGAACCAUCAGUCACCUGUGAGAGAAUUGAGUUGGUUGUGACUGAAGACAGUGUAUUACAGGAAAGCACUGUUGAAACUUCUAAUCACCAAGGUUUGGCUGUGUGUCCACAAAAUCAACAUUCUAGUCAACGUGUGAGUGACUCGAACAGCUCCAUGUCUACUGUUCCUGAGGUUACUGGGAAUGGAGAAUGUUCAGCUAGUCAGGGGAUAGACCAGCGUCUUUCACACGACACAAAUAAGGGAAAUAACUCUGUGUGUGACGAUACUGUAAAUACUGAUACAAAUACAGGGAAUAACAACUCUAUAUGUAUUGCUAGAGACAUUCACGAAAAACAUUCCAGUGAGGAUUCUCAUGCCUCUCACAAAUACAAUGACGAAGACUGCAGCCGCCUCAGUACAGAUUCACCCAGUAGUGAUGCUGACAGAGGUACACAAAAGGGGAAUAACUCUGAUAGGGACAAGGCAGACAACUCUAAAAAGAGUAGUAGUGACAAACAUUUGGAUUAUAGACCAAACAUAAGUAAACAAUUAAAGGAAGCAACACAACAAAACUGUGAUAUGGUUAAACCGUGCCUGCCUAGUAAAGUAGGUACAGUAGAUGACGAUCUUUUAGAUGAGCUGGAAUCAGAAUUGACCAAUCAGAAUCCAGAAAGGUCAGCUGUUGGUAUCAUUGACCCAGAUUUGACAUUAACGUUGGAUAGUGAAAGUGGAGAUGCCACUCCUACUGGCAGGCUAAGUCCAGUGCUUCCGAAUGGUUUUGUCCAUGUGGGUGUCCACUCAAAGCUGGUACAGAAGUUACAGGCCUUACAGCAGGAGAUAAAGAGGUCCAAGGGCCACAUACAGAAAGAACAAAAGGAAACCCAAAGAUGGAAGAGCCAUGCAGAGGAUUGUGAGGACCAGAUGGGCACAGCUAUAAGAGAGAGAGACUCCUACCUCCGUGAACUCAAAACUGCUAAAGAGCACAAUGCUGAUGACCUCUAUAUCCCUCAGAUUAAGGAGUUGGAGUUUACGAUAGCACAGCAGCAGAAUGAAAUACGUAGUAUGAGAGACAAGCUGGCUAGCCAUGAUGCAGCAGCCAAGAAAUGUAUCACCGGUCUUCAGACGGAGAUGAAGCACCGAGUAAACCAGGUGACCAAGAUGUAUGAGGAGGCAAACAAAGACAAGGCAGACAUGGUAGUCAAGUACGCACAGGCGGAGAAAAACUUCAUGGGGGCGCACAAGGCCGUGGAGAGACUGGAGGUCAAGGUCAGGGAACUGACGCGGGAGAGGGAGAGUCUCAACAACAAGGUCAAGGAUGCCAAGGUGGAGAGGAAACGUCUACAGACAGAGCUUGAUGCCAAAACAUCGGAAACACAGAGUUUGGCCAAAGAGCUGGAGAAAGAGAAGGAACUGUUGGUGUCUCUUGAUGUUCGGAUCAAGUGGUCUCAGAAUAAACUCAAAACGGAACUAGAAAGCCAUAAGGAAACAAAGGUUGUGCUUGACAAAACUAAUCAGAAACUUAAGGAAGCUAAAGAAGAAACUGAACAGAUUAGACGUAACUGCCAGGAAAUUGUCAAAACAUAUCAGGAAUCGGAGGAGAUUAAAUCCAACAAUUUAGACAACAAACUGAAAAUAAAAGAGAGUGAGCUGUUACAUCAACAGCAGCAGAAAACAAGUCAGGAGGAGGCAUACCACGCAGCCUGCAAGGAGAUUGAGCAGCUGAAGGGCAAGCAGACAGAGCUUGCAGCUGACCUUGGAACAUUCCGUGACAAGUGCGCCCAGAUGAAAGCUGACCUCCAUCAGAAUGAGGAUACCAUGAACAAAUACACAGCCAUGUUACAGAGACAGAAGAAGGAAAACAAAGAUCUGCAGACACGGAUAGAGCAGCUGGUACCACUGCAGAGCGACCUAAAAAGAGCCCAGACCACUAUAAAGUCCUUAGAUGCUGAGAUUGCAGAACUAAAGAUCAGUAGCAAAGAUUUGAGGAUUGAAAGUGAGGCAUGCUACAAACGGGAAACUGAGAAACUAGAACUCACGGAGAAACUCAGUGCCAAAAAUGCUGAAUUACAAUCCGAAAAUACUCUACUUCAGAAUAAGAACCUGAAUCUGUCCAGUGAAGUACAGAGUCUGAGGGUGGAGGUCCAGUCUCUGGAUUCCAGGGUCAAGGAUCUGACUCAUGAUCUAACAGAAGAACAGCGCCUCAGGCAAGGGGAGGUAACUCAACUAACAACACGUCUAGCAGAGAAGACAAAGGCUGCUGAUGAAAUGUCACGCCGGAUUGAAGAUGAAAAAGACGAAAUCAAAACCUUAAAAAGGAAACAUACCAAUAAUGUAAAGGACUUGACCCGACAGCUCCAACAAGCGAAGAAGCGUCUGGAGGCUGUAGAGAUGAACGGGGAGCGAGAUACGACCAGUAUGGGGUCCAGAACCAGUUCUAAUGGUUCGCUAAACACCAUGUCUGACACCCACAACGGGUCAUCACUGUCUAACAUACAGGGGGUCCCAGCUGUACGACACUACAGCCCUCAGGAACAGGAAUAUCCAGUGAUCACAGAACAAGUGGAGCCAGACAGACAGCUCCUCAUUGAGAGAAUAGUCAAGCUUCAGCGAUCUCACGCUCGCAAAAACGAAAAAAUAGAGUUUAUGGAUGACCACAUCUCGCAGCUUAUUGAGGAAAUUCAUAAAAAGACUAAGAUAAUUCAGAGUUAUGCGUUACGAGAGGAAUCUGGGACUUUGACGCCAGAAGCCAUGGAUGUUCACAAGAUCGACAGCAGGCGCCAGUCAAUCCAGGCAAAGAUAUCAAAGAAACACAGCAUUAUGGGGUCUCUGUACAGCUCCCACCAAAAUGAUGGCACCAUGACUCUAGACCUCUCACUGGAGAUCAACAAAAAACUGCAGGCCGUUCUGGAGGAUACUUUACUGAAGAACAUCACUCUAAAGGAAAGUCUUGACACACUGGGUGAAGAAAUUUCCAGACUCUCCCAGGAAAACAGACAGUUGCAGCUCUCAACGCAGACAACACAGACAAGGAAGAAACCAGCCCGGUGACAGACCUACAGACAGAGUUGGUGUGAAUCAUUAUAAAUUGACCUUUGGAACAAGUUGAAGGGGUCAAGGUCACUUUUGUAUGUACUUGACUGACACAAGCCUUCUGCACUGUAUAUGCAGUUUGUUCUAUACACGUACAGAAUGGGUUCGCCUAUCUUCAUAUGUCAUUGGCUGUUGUGUGGAUGAAAAUCACGAACAGAAAACUGAUUUUAGUGUUUCACUACUUUGUACUAGACUUUGUGAUGGGUCUGAUCCGUAUCCUCUGCCGACAUGUGUGGUAGGUCAUCUAACGGAUAUCAGAUGGUAAAAGGGUAUGAUGACCUGUAUGGAACUGAUCACAAGUCAGCACUGGCCAGUGUUGGUCAAGAAAA